AUGCCUUCUAAUGAUAAUACUUUUUUAAUCAAUCAGCUUGUUGCUGGCUGUACUGCAGCCAUCUUUCAAACAACAAUAUCAUAUCCCUUCGAAUACAUUAAGACUGGGAUUCAAUUACAAAGGAAUGGUUCUUUCAACGUUACACCAGAAUUGAAAACAUAUUUCUCCGGAUGCUCAGCUUUAAAUGUUGGUGCCGUCCUUAAGACAACACUACGAUUUGGAACAUUCGAUAAAGCUUGUGAUCUCUUAAGAGACCCUAAUAUGCCUAAGGAUGUUUUCCUUUCUGGGCCAAGACUACUAGUAGCAGGUAUGCUAACAGGGAUAAUGGAGAGUGUUAGCAUCAUUCCAUUUGAAAAUCUAAAGACUACAAUGAUUGAAAAUGGCAUUCGAAAAAGCGUAUUAGCUGAUAUUAAAGAUGUAUCUGAUGCAGUAAACAUAAAAGGGAAAUUAAACAUUGCGAAAACUUUUCAUAAACCAAAUGCGCAAUUGACGAAUAAACAAUUAAUGUUUCAACAUUAUGAAAAAUAUCCAUCUACAAACAUUUUUUCCACAGUUAAGGAAAUUUAUUUAACAAGAGGUUUCAGAGGGUUCCUUCAAGGCUCGAUGCCAACAAUGCUUAGACAAGUUUCUAAUUCAGCAGUUCGAUUCACUACAUACACUACUUUGAAACAAAUAUAUUCUUCCCAUAGAACCUUUGAUGAAAAGGCUGCAUUUGCCAUCGGUGCAGUAUCAUCAUGUGCCGUUGUUGCGAUGACACAACCAAUUGAUGUAGUGAAAACAAGAAUGCAAAGUAAAUUUGCACCGAACUACUAUAAAAAUAGCAUUAAUUGUGUGUAUAGAAUCUUCGUCGAAGAGGGAAUAUCUACGUUGUGGAAAGGUUGGAUGCCUAGAUUGUUUAAAGUCGGAUUAUCUGGUGGUAUUUCCUUUGGAGUUUAUGAAUAUGUAAAUAAUCUAAUGAAUACCGUUCAAAAAAGGGAACUAUUUUAA